UGGCGAGAAUGGUGCCUAGGGAAAGAGGCCUUGGUUAUGAUGUGGCUUUCCAACAGUAUUUUAAUACUUUUCUCAGCCUGAAGAAGUUCAAGCCUAGCUUUGCUCCCUUUGUGGAUAGGCCACUUGGUCCUCCUUGGUUUACUCACAGAUUUCCUUCUCCACCAGAAUUUGAGAUGGUAACCAACAGCAUUUGGAAUGCUUACUUGAUGCCUACAGUCUUGUCUUGUCGAAUUGGCUUGACCUCUGGAGAUUUUGGGUUAGUUGGCUACUUCCCAAACCUGGUGUCUCGCCAAUUUGGCUUAACUCAAAUACUCCCUAAGAGCAUAUACUUGGAAGAGAGGGAGGUUUGUUUAGGCAAGCAUGGCAUGACAGAACCACAGUUCCAUUCAUUCUUGAACCACUUCAAUCAGCCUUCUUAUGAGCUUACCCCAUUCGACUUCGCUCCCUCACAUGCCUGCACUAGGGAAUUUUUUACCUGGUGGUCUCGACACUAUGAAGGACGCCUGGUUGACAAGACUGCCUUACUCACUGCUAUCUCUAAUGGGUUCGACUCAUCUAUUUUGAACAAGAUUAAGUCGAAAUUGAACGCCAGAGGGAGUAAGUCGAAGGCAGGUUCCAGCGACUCUAGCAAGCCUCUUCCUCCACCAUCUAAGGUUGAACUACAGGUAGGCUUUUAUCUUCUUGUGGCUUCUCACACUUCUGUAAGAUUUCUAUGUUAACUUUGAUAUGCCCUUCCUAGAUUGCUUCACGCAAGAGGCCUCAUUCAACUGAAACUCCUUCUGUUUC